UUAGGCUUGCGCAAUGGACGAUAAAGGUUGCUAUAUAUUAGACAAUAAUGGUUUUGUCAUUAUAUCACCGCAUCGUCAAGAGACUGGAAAAUUUUUUGGUGAAAUCAAUGGUUAUAUUAUGCACCGCUUGGUUGAAGAAAGAGUGUAUAAACGUGUUACUGUUUACGACUAUCAAGCGAUUUGUUUUCAAUCUAAUGGAGACAACAAUUCUUCCAAUUACUUAUUUUCGCCCUUACUCCAUGUGCUACGCAUAGUUAAAUGGCUGCUUUAUACUUUAUUGUGGUAUAUUGUACAAAUGCAUGCGGUAACUGCUGAGUUUAUAGAGCAAUAUACGGAUGAAAAUUUGACCUUUUACCAACCUAGUACGAAAAACACCGAAUGGUUAAAAUCAGUAACAUUGCAGCGCACACGGCUCAAAUCAUGCGAUAUGCAACGUCUGUUAUAUACAUUGUACAAUGACAAGGAUAAUGUAGUCUAUAAUAUAACAGCACAUGCAUGUGUUAGGCCCUUUGUUGUGUUGCCUAUACCAGCGAGUAAUCUAAUAUUACUCGUCAUCGAUCAGGUGUGCCCUAAGGAAUAUACGAUGGAGUUGACCGUAAAUCCCAUCGACAUUAAUUAUCAAUUAGAGGGAAAUGAUACAUUAGCAUGCUAUAAGCAUGAUCGUGAGUUCACAAGAGUACGUCCUGUAAGUUGUAUUAACAGGCAUGUUAAUGAAAGUUCUAUCGAAUUGUGCGGCAAUGCUGGAAGUAUUUUCGCAAAUAUCUUAUUACUACUUAUUUGCUUUAUUGUUAAUCAAUUUCUUUAACAAUAAUUUAAACAGAUUAAGGUUUAAACGUUUUUGUAAUUAUAAAAUAUUUAUUGUAUAUUAAAUUAGUAUUUAUGCUUAUGGUUUUUCAUAGAUUUUAAUGGGUAAAUUG